AACACACACUCAAACAAAUUAAAAAAAAAAAGAAAAAAUAUAUAUAUAUAUAAAAGAAAAAAAGAUAAAAAGAAAAUAUGAAACUUCGCAUGGAUGCACUCGCCAUUACAACAUUGGUAACUUUCCUAGCAACUUUUACUGCCAUCUUGGCCGUACCAUCGCCGAUGGUCCCGGUCGAUAAGGCACAAUUAGAAGCGUGGUUUUCAGAAAAUGUGAAGCCGUUUGCCGACCGUAAUAAGGCUGAGCUUGAUCCAGCGGUGGUGGCUGCAGAAGGAAACGUGACCAUAGUUAAGGUAAUGAGUGAUGGAACGGGAGAUUUCAAGACAGUCACUGAAGCUAUUGCGAGCGUGCCAGUGAACAACAAGAAUCGUGUAGUAAUUUGGAUUGGAGAAGGCGUUUAUAAGGAGAAGCUUACCAUUGAGAAAAAUAAGCCUUUUAUUACUCUUUGUGGCACUCCUAAAAACGUACCUACUUUGACAUUUGAUGGCGUUGCAUCCAAAUAUGGCACGGUUUAUAGCGCUACCUUGAUUGUUGAGGCUGAUUAUUUCGUUGCGGCUAAUUUGAUCAUUGAGAAUACAUCACCAAGGCCAAACGGGAGAAAAGAAGCACAAGCAUUAGCAGCAAGAUUUAGGGGAACUAAAUCCGCGUUUUACAAUUGCAAAUUCCUUGGAUUUCAAGAUACCCUUUGUGACGACGACGGUUUACAUCUCUACAAAGAUUGCUUCAUUCAAGGCACUGUUGAUUUCGUUUUUGGAAAAGGAACUUCCCUUUAUUUGAACACCGAAUUGAAUGUGGUGGGAGAGGGACAAUUCGCAGUGAUAACAGCUCAUUCAAGAGAACAAGAAGCUGAUGCUAGUGGAUAUUCGUUUGUUCAUUGCAGCAUUACCGGAAACGGUAAAGACACAUUUUUGGGAAGAGCUUGGAUGCCAAGAUCUAGAGUUAUCUUUGCCUACACUUCAAUGAUUGAUAUCAUUCAUCCCGAAGGCUGGAAUGACAUGAAGCAUGCCGGUUUCGACAAGACGGUUAUGUUUGGAGAAUACAAGUGUUCGGGGCCAGGAUCGGUGUCAACUGGACGUGUAGCCUACGGGAAGCAACUGACUGAAGCAGAAGUGAAGCCAUAUCUUAGUCUCGAAUUCGUGCAAAGUGCAAAGUGGUUGCUUCCUCCUCCCAAUCCUCAAGCUUAGAGAUCUUAGUAAUGGCGAUUGCAAGAAGUGGCGAAGAAUGUGAAUGGCACUCGGCAAUCAAUUGGGCUGAUGAGUUCAUUAUUAGCUCAUUGGUUUUUUAUUUUGAUUUUCAGUAAUGAUAUAUAUUUUUUUAUUUAAAACAAUUGAUGCAAUCACACAUGAGGUUGUGUAUUUUGAAUUUGUAAUUUGAUUCAAAAUUUUCACAUAAUAAUAUUUCGUUUUUUAA